AUGGCUCCUCGAGCUGGCUUCAAUACGGACCAGAUAAAGGAUAAAGCACGCAAGGAUCUCCUUUACCUGCUCGAGGCUGUUCGCGGAAAGAAGAACCUCAUUCUUGAGCGCAGCUUGGCCGGCCCAAUUGGAACCAUCGUCAAGGUCACAACCCUUCAGGAAUACGGCGUGGACAAGUUUUUCUUCCUCGAGAACAAGAACGCCGACACCAGCCAGCGAAAUGUCAUAUUCAUAGCCCGCGGGGAGUGCGCGCGUCAUGCACAAACGAUAGCAGAGCAGAUUCGACGUUUACAGCGCGAGAGUCAAACCGGCCAUGACUUCCACAUCUUCUGGGUGCCUCGGCGAACCCUCGUCUCUGACAAAUUGCUGGAGGAGGCCGGCGUCUUGGGCGACGUCAAUAUCUCUGAGCUGCCACUAUACUUCUUUCCUCUAGAAAAAGACGUUCUUUCACUCGAGCUAGACGAAUCCUUUCGCGACCUCUAUCUCUCCAAAGACGUCACGCCGUCCUUCCUACUUGCCAAAGCUUUGAUGGGAAUUCAGCAGGAUCAUGGCUUAUUUCCUCGGAUUAUCGGCAAGGGUGACAACGCGAAACGAGUCGCCGAGCUCCUGGCACGAAUGCGACAAGAGAUUCUUGCUGGCGAGGACGCUGCUGAGACGAACCGAGGCAGCUUGUCGCCAAGCAUACUAACCGAAAGUGCUAUAAUAAUCGAUCGCGAAGUAGAUUUCGUCACUCCUCUUUUAACUCAAUUGACAUACGAGGGACUCAUCGAUGAGGUGUUUGGUAUUCAGAACAACCAAGCUGAAGUUGAUACCACUGUGGUCGGUGCCCCGUCUCAGUCUUCGACGACCAGUGCGCAGGCUAGGAAAAGAAAAAUACAGUUGGACUCCUCCGAUAAGCUAUACGAGCAACUUCGGGAUACCAACUUUGCCAUCGUGGGUAGUUUGCUCAACAAAGUUGCUCGCCGCCUGCAGAACCUGCAGAAGGACUACGAGGGCCGGAACAGCCACAAGUCAAUCGCCGAACUUAAAGACUUUGUCAGCAAGCUACCGGGAUAUCAGGCCGAACAACAGAGCCUGAGAAUCCAUACAGGCUUGGCGGAGGAGAUUAUAAAGUAUACGCGGACAGACCAAUUCAAGGGCCUCUUGGAAGCGCAGCAAAACCUAGCUGCUGGCGCGGACCCAUCCUCUCAAUUCGAUGCCAUUGAGGAGCUGAUUGCUCGCGACACCCCAUUGCCCGAAGUCCUAAGACUGCUUUGCAUCUACUCUUGCAUAUCAGGUGGCAUCAAGCCAAAGGAAUUUGACCACUUCCGGCGGCUGAUUCUGGAGGGCUAUGGCUACCAACACAUUCUGACUCUGAACAACCUUGAGAAGCUUCAGCUGUUUUUGUCGCGAUCGUCCCCAUUGGCGGAAAUGAUCCCCAUGAGUGGCGCCGGCGGUAACAACACAGGGACGAAGACGAACUACACUUACCUUCGUAAACUUCUUCGCCUCAUCGUUGACGAGGUCCAGGAAGACGAUCCCAAUGAUAUCGCGUACGUGUACAGCGGAUACGCUCCGCUGUCGGUUCGGCUUAUUCAGUGCGUUUUGCAGAAGCAAUACUUGCUGAAAGUUACGAGAGGAAACGGCGUCAGCGGUGCACCUGGAGGGUCCGCAGUGCAGGGAUGGCAUGGUUUUGACGAAGCUGUCAAACAUGUUCGUGGGCAGACAUUUUACGAACUACAGAAGGGUGAGGAGAAAGCCAUGAAAGCUCGGGCGCUAUUGUCAGGAGGGGCAGAAAAGCAAACGGUGUUCGUCGUGUUCGUCGGAGGCAUAACGUUCACCGAGAUUGCCGCUCUCCGGUUCAUCGCGAAGCAGGAAGAAUCUCGAAGAAACAUUAUCAUCUGUACGACAUCGAUCAUAAAUGGGGACCGGAUGAUGGAUGCAGCGAUCGAGAAGGAAUCGUUCGCAAGAGACAACGUCAAACCUCCAAGCCCCACACCGUGA